CUCUACGUGCUUCAGCAAACGCCUUCUCCAUCUCCAUGUGCUUCACAGUGUCAACCGCAGUGCACUCAGAAGUGCCUCGAAGAAGCUCUCCAAGUAAUAAUCAACGUCCAAACGGCACCGUGUCUCUGUGAGCAGCAGUGCUUGAACGGUUGCCGCCAACAUCAAAGCGACAAUUCAAUUUGCACGAAAGUUUGCAGCGAAGUCUGCGCAAAUGACUGUCCAGUAGCACAGCCAGUAAUGCAGACACAGAAAACGCCGCAAACGCAAGUCUACAUCAAUUUCGCAACUCCUGAAUGUAUGCCUAUCUGCGAAGAGUCCUGUAAUGGUCAAUGCGUUGAACGAUUACCUCAAGAACAUUGUGGAAACUUAUGUCAUACUCAGUGCAUUGCCGCCUGUUCUCAGGAUCCUCUACCAGUGACGACUCCUCAGUGCAUUCCUGCUUGUCAGCCAGCUUGUGAGCCAUCUUGCAUAUACAAUCAAAUGCCAAACAGGAUUGAGAGUCGUGAUACCUGCCAGCCAACCUGUGAAGCAACUUGCGUUCGUGAAUGUAAGCUAAAUUCGCCAUUGAUGGUUGCUAACUGCAUACCCACAUGUGCGAACAUUUGUGCACGAUCUUGUGCCGGAGAGAUCGCACAAUUACAACAAACGCAACCACGACCGGAUAGCUGCAUGCCGAAGUGUAUGUCCGAUUGUCAAAACCUCUGCCCAGGUAAAACUGAGCAGUGCGCUAGAGGCUGCGAAGCCAGUUGCGUGCAGCUCUGUGGACCAGCGCCAACUCCAGUAAGCCAGUUUCCUCCCUCGUAUAAUUGUAAUCUUCCAUGUGACGUACAGUGUACGCAACAAUGUCUACAUGAAGGCGAGGUCUGUGCAACAAGAUGCUCACGUGAUUGUGAUACAGCAUGCCCAGUCGUAAGCUGCGAAAAUGCAUGUGAAACUGUAUGUAAGGGUCAGUGUGCAUUUUCCGGCCAGCAAUCCCGACAAUGCGCUCCAGCCUGCGCACAAUCAUGCGCUAAGCUCUGUGCUAAAAAACGUGUGAAACGAUCCUAAUCAAUACCGGCACGCUAUAGUUUGGCGUCAGACUGAUUAGUUCCGCAUCGCCAUGACAGCCCUACCUACCCUGUAUUCAUCCUCCUCGCCGAAAUCUCACUACAUCAUGUUAAUCCCGUGAUCUUUCAAGUUAACUUAGUAUAUUUAUCAUCUUAGGCCUAUUUUCUACUUCUAAUUUUCAUUCUGUUGUUUCCACCUAAUAAGAGUUAUUCGACUUGAUAUUUAUAAUGAUUUGUCUUGUGCUCAAGGUAGUUAUUUUUAUUCUCACUGAGAGCUCAUCUAGCAUGCUUUCGUCGGUCUUUCAUUGAGAAUCUUUCAGAUCUAAUUCUUGC